GGCUUUGCGGCUAGACAUUUCCGUAUCCGGCGAGCUUUUCAUUGGUCGCAGAGAAGGUCCGUGUCUCUUUCGGACCUCUGAUUGCCGAGAUGUCCCGGGAGACGGGAGGCGACUCGCAGCAGUCACAAAGCGCCUCCCAGUCCCAGUCCCAGAACACCUCCAGCUCCUCCUCUGCGGCCUCCCACAGCCAGUCCUCCCACUCCAGCUCGGGCACCAUCAGCUCGUUGGACACUGUUCCCACUCAGGACCUGCCUUCCAUUCCCGAGGACCCGGAACCCGAAGAGCCCGAGCCUCAGCCCUGGGGCCGGCUGUGGGCCCUCGAGGAUGGGUUCUCUAACCUCGAUUGUGUGGACAAUGAGUACUGGUUCGGCAGGGACAGACGGUGCGAGUACAGCUUCGACAAGCCCGGGCUCAAAAAGAGCGACAAGUACCGCACCUACAGCAAGAAGCACUUCCGGAUUUUCCGGGAGAAGGGGCCCAGGAACUCCUACAUCGCCUACAUCGAAGAUCACAGCGGGAACGGGACCUUUGUGAACCGGGAGCUGGUGGGGAAGGAGAGGCGCCUGCCGCUGAGCAACAACUGCGAGAUCGCCCUCUCGGUGCCCACCAACAGAGUUUUUGUGUUUUUUGAUCUGACUGUAGACGAUCAAUCUAUUUAUCCUAGUGAAUUAAGAGAAAAAUACAUCAUGUCAAAAACACUUGGAAGUGGUGCUUGUGGAGAGGUGAAGCUGGCCUUUGAGCGGAAAACGUGCAAGAAAGUCGCCGUGAAGAUCAUCAGCAAGAGGAAAUUUUCCAUCUGUGCCACGAGGGAGGCGGAUCCAGCUUUCAAUGUUGAAACAGAAAUUGAGAUUUUAAAGAAAUUAAAUCAUCCUUGCAUCAUCAAGAUUAAGAAUUUUUUUGAUGCCGAAGAUUACUUUAUUGUUUUGGAACUGAUGGAAGGAGGAGAGUUGUUUGAGAGAGUCGUAGGAAAUAAAAGACUGAACGAAGCUACCUGCAAACUGUAUUUUUAUCAGAUGCUCCUCGCUGUAAAGUACCUUCAUGAAAAUGGUAUCAUACACAGGGAUUUAAAGCCUGAGAACGUGCUUCUGUCAUCUCAGAAAGAGGACUGUCUCAUAAAGAUUACUGAUUUUGGGCAAUCGAAGAUUCUCGGGGAGUCAUCCCUCAUGAGAACCUUAUGCGGCACGCCCACCUACUUGGCUCCAGAGGUGGUCAUUUCCAUGGGAUCCGCCGGCUAUACCCGGGCUGUAGACUGCUGGAGUUUAGGGGUUAUUCUCUUUGUUUGCCUCAGUGGAUAUCCACCGUUCUCGGAGCAUAAGACUCAAGUCCCUUUGAAGGAUCAGAUCAUCAGUGGGAAAUACAAUCUCAUUCCAGAAGUUUGGAAAGCUGUCUCAGACAAGGCUUUGGAUCUUGUUAAGAAGUUGCUGGUAGUGGAUCCAAAGAAACGCUAUACAACAGAAGAAGCCUUGGCGCAUCCCUGGCUUCAGGAUGAAGAGAUGAAAAACAAAUUCCAUAAUCUGCUUAUGGAGGAAACGAAAUCAUUGAAUCUACCUUUGAACCCAGCCCAGCUUUCCACAAGCAGGAAGCGUCCCCAUGAAGGGGAAGAAGAGGAUGAAGCUAGCUCUUCCAAACAUUACCUAGCCUCUAGCUAGGAGCAGACAGCACUAUAAAGGAAAAAAGUGACUUUCAUCACUUGCCUUUGGUUACUCAUUUGGGGAUAUUUUUAUUUUUUAUAAAAGGAGUUUUUUAAAAAAUGGAAAAAUUCUUUAAUAAUCACUGAUGUACAAAUAAAAAUUAAUA